AUGAGGAGCUCAGUGCACGUGCCAGCCGCGGUAGAGGCGCUGCUAUGCCACCCGGUGGCGGCCCUAUCCGAGAGGCCGGCGCUGCGGCUGACGCGGCUGCUGGUGAACGUGACGAUGGAGCGGAGCUUGUGGCCGGUGCAUGUGCUGCUGGGCGCCGACACCACCGUGGUCGACCUGGCGCGUGCCACCGUCGACGCCUAUGCCGCCGAGGGGCGCAGGCGGCCGCUCCCGGCCGAUGAGGGCGCCACCGACGAGGCCGCGCGGUUCGAGCUGCACCUCUCCAGGUACGCACUCGAUGCUCUUGACCCGGAGGCCAAGGUGCUGGACCUGGGCUCUCGCAACUUCUUCCUCUGCUCCAACAGGAAGACCCAGAGUUCAGAUAAUCUGCUUCUUCACUCCGUACAGCCAUGUCUUGAUGUCUGA